AUGUCCGACGUUCAGAAGAUCGAGGAGACCCCCGCGGUCGUCCCUGUCACUGAGACUCCCGCCGUGGCUCCUGCUACCGAAACUCCUGCUGUUGAGGCUCCCAAGGAGACCGAGGCCACGGAGGAGACCGCGGCUGAGACCACUGAGGCUGCUGCGCCUGCUGAGGAGGUCAAGGAGGAGAUCAAGCCCGCUACCGAGGGUACCCUCGGCUACAAGGCCCCCGGUCUGGUCAAGGGCUUCCGCUUCGCCAAGCGCUUCUUCUACUUCAACGACGAGGCUGUUGAGGCCAAGCAGCUCUCUGUCUUCCGUCAGAACGAGAAGGCGGCUCACGCCAACCCCACCGCUGCCUGGGCCACCCAGACCGGCAAGGGUCUCCUGUUCUUCACCAAGCGCGCUGAGGACAAGGCCACCCCGGCUGGCAUCUUCAACCUGUCUGAGGUUUCCGAUGUGACCAAGGAGGGCUCCAACGAGUUCUUGUUCAAGGUCGCUGGCCAGAAGCACACUUUCCAGGCCUCCAGCGCCGCUGAGCGUGACAGCUGGGUCGCCGCCAUCGAGGCCAAGUCCACCGAGGCCAAGGCUGAGAAGGAGACCAUUGUCUCCGGUGAGGGCUACAAGGCCGAGCUUGAGAAGCUGACCAAGCCCGCCACUGUUGUCGCCGCCGCCAAGAAGACCGAGAUCGAGGAGGAGACCCCCAAGGAGACCACCGAAGAGGCCAAGCUCGAGGAACCCAAGGAGGAGAAGGCUGCUACCAAGAGCCGCUCCCAGUCCCGCAAGCGCGCCAGCAUCUUCGGCACCCUCCUGGGCAAGAAGGAGAACGAGGAGAAGAAGCCUGAGGAGACCAAGGAGGAGACCGCGGAGGAGACCAAGGUCACCGAGCCCGUCGCUGAGACCCCCGUCGAGGCUGUUGCCGCUGUUCCUGCCACCGAGGAGACCACCGAGGCCGUCCCCGUUGUUGCUGCUGAGAGCACCGAGGAAGCCCCCAAGGAGACUACUGAGGAGGCUAAGCCCGAGGAGGAGAAGAAGGAAGAGAAGAAGGAGGAGAAGAAGAACAAGCGCUCUUCCAUCUUCGGCAACUUCUUCCAGAAGGUGACCAGCCCCGCUCAGGAGAAGUCCGAGAAGGAUGCUACCGCCCUCACUGAGGAGGCUAUCUCCAGCUCCGCUCCCCAGCUGGAGAACCCCGUUGAGGAGGCUGCCGUCCAGCCCAUUGAGCCUGAGACUGUCAUCGCCCCUGCUGAGGAGGCCGCUAAGGAGGUCGAGGCCCCUGCUGCUGAGACUCCCACCCUCAAGGACAAGCGCCGCACUUCCUUCUUCGGCGCCUUCGGCAAGAAGGAGAAGAAGGCCGAGACCUCCGACACUGAGAUUACCGACGGUGAGGGCAAGGAGACCAAGGUCAAGGCCAACAAGCUCGGUGGUCUCUUCCGCAAGAACAGCAAGGCUGUCAAGCUCGACAAUGAGCAGGUUGCGGCUGCCGAGGCCGAGACCAAUGCCGACAAGGCUGAGGAGGCCAAUGCCGAAGAGACCCCCGCCGCCGCGGAGGUUGCCACUCAGGAGACCUCCGCCGUCGACGAGGCCUCCAAGCCUGCUGAGGCUGCCACCGAGGAGCCCAAGAACGUCACCGUUGCUUCUGCCACCCCCGUUCAGGCUGCUGCUUGA